CGAGUCAUUUGAUUUCGGUGCUAUCUUGUUCUAUUUAUAGAUUAUUUUUGCAGCUGAGAAAUAUAAUUUAAAAUUGGUUUGUGUACUGCAGACUACUUUUCAGUGUUCAGUCAAAGAUAACUUGAACAAAUUUGAAAUUCCGGCACGUAAAUCAGCCAUUAGAAUCAGGAGAAUUUUGAACAGCUCAAAAAUGACGGACGAGCAAACCGCAAGCCUGAUGGUCUUGGACGACUACGUCUGUGGUGAAAAUACUGGCGCCCAUGGGAACAUCUACCAGCGGGAUUUGGCGUUUGUGCUGUUUGUGCGAGGAUCAAUGAAGAAGUUCAAGUUCAAGCUGGCCACAGAGAUGACGGAUGCCGGCAAAUUUGACGAUGUGGUCGUGUAUGCUGAAGAUCUCGACGAAACGUGGCUAAUUCAAGCCAAGCACGCUCAAUUGGAUGCUUCGAAUCCGAGCAGGAUUUCGGAGAAGGAGUUGUUGCCCUCCGAUGUACGGCUACUGGGAAAGGACUUCGAUCUGUUCAAGUAUAUGCAUUCGUACAUGCAAGUGGAGGGAGUAUUAAAAGGCAAGAAGCGAUAUUUCAUACUCACGAACAAGGAUUUGGAAGACUCGGACAAUCUGAAGAAAUGGAUUCGAGAUGCUGAGGUGGAUGCGUUGAUUAAUUUUUCCGACUUUGGUGGUGCUUACAAGAAAUUUGAGCCCGACGUGAACGACAUAAUCGAAAUGUUGCCCAUGGUGAAUGCGGAAUUUUACAAAAUUAAAAAUGCUAUAGUGAACGUCUUUAAAACCGGGCAGGUCGACAAGUUAUUGAUGAAUUUCAAGACACCCGUGGCGAAAAUAUUGAGCGUUAAGGAUAAAGUUCUUCGAUUUUCUGAUAACUUCUUGAAAGAAAGCAAUGCCGAGCUGUACAAAAUGCUCCUGAUGGACUUUAAACAGGAACUGAACUUGGUGAAGGUGGGAGAAAAUCCUGCUAUAAAAAGUUUAUUGGACAAAACGAAAUCUCGAAACCAGGAACUUCCUGUAUUCCUCAACGAAACGAAGGUGACCGAGUUUUUUGAAAGCUUAACCCUGUGUGUGAAUCAACCGAACGAGCUUCGCAAUAUCGUAGAUCAAGAUAUUCGAAUGUGGCUAAGAACAUGGGUGCGUCCAGACGAUCUAGGAAAAUUUGGUGAGAGCCAGCUGAAGCUACCUGCGAGCAAAUUCGACGAGGUGUUCAAAAGCUGGGACGAGCCAGAUAUGAAGGGUGUGGCAAAAUCUAAGAACAAGUCAUUUCUGCACUCUGAUGUGGGUACCAACUGUUGGAAUGAGAUCAUCAAGGAGCUGGAACAAUUCACGACACGACACAUUGACGUGCUGAGAAGCUACUACGUGAAUCGUGAGGUUAUUUUCACUGAAAAUGAUAACGGAACCAGACAGAAUUCUGAAAUCAACGAUAAUGAGUUCAGUAAGCAGUUGACUAAUGGCUCAAUUGAGGAUAAAUAUCUUGUUCUAAUAGCAGAUCCCGGAAUGGGCAAGACAACUUUUCUACAGUAUGUUUCCUUCGAAGUUCAAAAACUCACCAGCAGAGCGAUAUUUUUUAUUUAUUUGAACAGUUUGAAAGACAAGUUGCUUAACACGAGCGAAUGCAUCGAUCUGAACAGGGCGCUAGAUAUCAUUGGGCCUGCUUUGUCCGUAAGUAACAAUUUGAUGUUGCAUAAUAUCUUCAUCAACAAAGAAGACAACAUGUACAAAGAAGGUGACAUUUGGUUCUUCCUGGAUGGUUUUGAUGAGGUCCCGGCUUCUGAAAACGUUAAACUUAUCUCAGUUGUUCGUCAAUUGCUAAACACCCAACGAGUUCGGAUUGUGAUCAGUGGACGAAAGCAUGUGGAGAAGGAUCUCAGAGAUGCGUUGGUUGCGAAGGUCAUAUAUUUGAAACCUUUUACAUAUAUCGAUCAGAUGACAUUUUUGGAAAAGUUUUGGAGCGUUUUCAUAAAGGAUUCCAGCGUUGUUCCGAAAUUUCAAAAGUAUGCUAAGGGAUUACUAGACAGGUUUUAUAAGAACCUCUACAAGUCCACGAUGCUUCCCCUGAUGAUUAGACUUUUGGCUGAAGUCUACACGGACGAUCUUGAGAGGUUCUUGCUAUCACAUAAUGAAACCGAGGAAUUGGACAAACUUUCAACCGAAGUGUUCAGCGUGGUUUCGUUGUUUGACCAGUUUGUGAGGAAAUCGUUCAACAUGAAAAUGUUAAAAAAGUUCGACCUAGAUCCGUAUACGAAAAACGAUCCAUACGAUGAUGAGAUGGAUCCUCUGUUUGAGCAGUACAUAUUUGAGCAUGAACUAGCUGCUAUCAAUACCUUUAGGUCCAUGUCACAGUUACGAGAUGUUCUCACCGAUCAUGAAAAGGUUUAUGAAAAGUUCAGGAAGCGGAUCGAAGCAGGUAAGGAAAAGUCGCUUCUGAUCAAUCUCAACGAGCCCCAAAUUAAAUUUGUGCACGAGUCGUUUGCGGAAUACUUUGUGGCACGGUAUUUGUACGAGAAUUUACAGCACUGCGUGGACUAUCUGUGCUCUAUUAUAGAACAUCAGGAACUGAUCCGUAGAUUCUUCUUUCUGUUUCUUAACGAAGACGUAGAGCAAAGCUCAACACAGCUCUCGUUGUUAAGCACCGUUGGUGAAGAACAAAAUUUUGCAUUCUGGGCAUGUGAAGCAUUGUGUUUGGGCGUGCUGAAAAGCUUAUCAAACAACCAUGAUCUCAGCACUUUCUUUUCCGAGAAAUAUGGUUCAUUGUUGCAUGUCGCGGCACAGAAUGGUUCUACCGAAAUAUGUCAAUUUCUUCUGGACACAAUCAAAAUCAACGUUAGCUGCUUGUCAUGCGAAAAACUGAAUGAUAUAAUGGGAUUGUUUCCAAUUGUGAAUCAAUUCGAAAAGCAAUUGUCGAUACACUGUCAAGUGAUGGCCCUUCACUUGGCAGCAGCGUAUGGAAACGAAGCUGUAGUGAAGCUCCUUCUUGAUCAUUCGGCCGAUGUGAAUGCUCAAAAUGGAUAUUUGUUCACCCCUCUCCAUGUGGCUGCUAAAAAAGGCCAUAUUGCCAUGAUGAAGCUGCUGAUAAAUAAGUCGGCUGAUUUGAAUCUUCAGACUUACGAAGGUGAUACACCGCUUCAUUUAGCGAUAGAUUUCAACCAACACCAAUGUGCAGAAUUUUUAAUCGAUGAUGGAGCCAAUGUGAACAUUUCGAACAACUGCGGAUCAACACCACUUGUAUUGGCAGUAAGAAAAGGGUUUUCCAGUAUCGUGAACCAACUGAUUAGUAAGAAUGCCAAUGUUGCCAUUGAAUUUGAUUCAAAUGGUGAAAAGCUGACUCUGCUCCACUUGGCUGCCGAAAGCGGCGAUUUGGACACUGUGAAACGGAUCAUUGCUCUAUCAGCCGACAUUAAUGCGCUAAGCAAUUUUGGUAAAACUCCUCUUUUCAUCGCCGCUUCAGAAGGCCAUGUAAAGAUUGUUGAACAUCUCAUUGGACAAAUGGCCAAUGUGAAUACUUUGAAUAUAAAAAACGUAGCACCACUUCACUGUGCGAUCAUCAAUAAACAUAAUGCUGUUGUGAAAGUUUUAAUUGCUCACUCAGCUGACGUGCACGCUCCGGAUUCCUUAGGAAGUACACCGCUACAUCUGGCUGCAGAAAGUGACCUGGACAUUGUGAAAUUGUUAAUAGAUAUGUCAGUCGAUGUGAAUGCAGUGAACGGUUUGAAAAGGACAGCACUUCACUUGGCUGUCUUCAAAAAGAAACCUGUUAUUGCGGAACUACUUAUAGAAAAUUCAGCUGAUCCCAACUUGGCAGAUAAGGAUGGAUGGACACCUCUGCACUUUGCAGCUUAUGUUGGAAGCCUGGAAGCAAUUACAUUGCUGGUUGAACAAUCAAUCGACAUAAAUGCCCGUACCAGUGACAACGAAACCCCUCUUCACCUUGCUGCUAGUAGUGGCUAUCGGGAUAUAGUAGAAAUACUAAUCAGAAAAUCAGCUGAUUUGAACGCUGUAGAUAUAAAGAAUAGGACGCCCCUAUACGUGGCAAUCAAUAAAAAUAAUACAUAUUAUAUGGACCUUCUGAUCACUCCUGACAACGUGAAUAUCCAGGAUCAUCAAAACUUGACACCGCUCCUGCUGGCAGCCCAUAAAAAUGAACCAGUAUCUGUAAACUUACUGAUAGAGAAGAAUUCUAACGUCAACGCUAGUCGAAAAGAUGGAUGGACUGUUCUGCAUUGGGCGGCAGAAAAAGGUCAUUUUGACAUUGCUGUGCUGCUAAUCGAACGUUCGGCUCAUGUAAACGCUCAGGACGGAUCUCGGCGGACACCACUUCAUCAGGCAGCAGCAAAUGGACACACCACUAUUGUCGAGCUAUUAAUCCGUCACUCGGCUGAUGUAACAGCCGUAGACAAAGACAAAGACACCCCACUUCACUUGGCUGUCGGCAAAGGCCAAACGGAAUGUGUCCAAUUGCUCAUUACAGCAACGGAAGGCACCAAUGUGAAUGCCGUUAACAAGCGGAAAUGGACACCACUUCAUCUGGCAGUUCACCAUGGAUAUCGAGAAAUCAUGGAAUUGCUCAUCGAUUCCUCACCGAGCGCAGUAUCCGCUCAGGACAAGGAAGGGAAGACACCUCUGCACAUAGCAGCGAUUAAUAUUCAUCUGGACAUGGUGGAACUACUGAUUUACGCGUCGGCCAGCGUGGAUGCACUGGACAAUCAUGCAAGGACACCUCUUCAUUUGGCGGCUCGAUGCGGUCACAAGCAGCUCGUCGAACUUCUUCUGAUUCAUUCGGCCGACGGAAACGCUCGGGAUAGAAAUGGGAAAACACCCCUCGAUUUGGCCACAUCGAGUCGUCGUACGGAAGUUGUCCGUUUGUUAAGUGAGUUUUCACAUUCCGAAAGAUCUCCGACUGUGGGGCAUCAGAUAGAUAAUAUGGAAAUGUGAUAAGUUGUUUAGAGCUCUCUUUUCAGGUUGACAUUAAAUGU